GUUGGAGUGCAACCGUACCCAAAACAAUAGAAGGAAAUCUAUACGACCAUAAAAUUUACGUCGAAUUUUCAGAUUUCUUAAAAUUUGUUCCCAUAAAUACCACUUGUUCAUGUUUUUCCAAAGUCCCAUGUUUUUCCUCACCAUGACAACUGUUCGUGAUCUAAGGACUCAGAAAAAGGAAGUUACGUUUUGGCUUCGCAAUAAUUAUUUGAGCAAAAGUUGAAAGUGUGAACAUGUCGUCUGUAGUAUUGGGAAAGAGAACACCAUCUGCCGUGUCACUGUCAGAGGAAGACGAGGACGAGGAAGAGAAAGACACGCCCUCUGAGGACGGGAGAGGAGAUGCUCUCUACAAUAAACUGAUCUGUGUACAGAGGGCCAUUGUCUGGGUCAUCACCUCAGCCUUUGGACUCCUGCUCAUGAACGCCGCCUACCUGGUGGCCGGAGCUUACGUCUUUUACACAGUGGAGGCCCCCCGCGAGACUUUGGUGCAGAACACUUUGGAGAACGACCUUGACCUCCUGGCCGUCCGACUGUCCACGCUGGGCACGCAGGAUAUGGACAACGCCAGUCUACUGCUGGGGACGUAUGAGGACUCGUUAGCGUGCACUCACGAAGAGACCGCAACAACAACCUCCUGACCUCCCGCCUGUCCACGUCGGUCAGCUACAUGCUGGCCCUGGCCAAGUGGCCGGCCUGUGAGGACACCUACUGCCGCCCCCGCUACCGGCUCCGGUCACUCAGGGACGCCAAGAUGUUGGCCAGAAUGUUCCGACACAUGCCCGUUAGUGACGUGAAGAAGUGUCUCCAGUUCGCGGGAAUAUCGGAGAUGGACGAGGGUGAUAAUCCGGUACGGGGGAGAAAAAUAAUCCCAAGUGGAUUACUGCAGGGUGCGACAACUGUUGAGAACUGUUUAGUGACAGGUGGCGCUGUGAAGACACCACGAGGGGAGGGUGAGCGUCUGUGUGUGUCUUCUAGUCUGUCUUGUCAGUCUGCUGUGAGUAAAGGAACAGCCAGUGGCGGUGGUCAACGGCGGAGGAAUGUCCAGCUGUCCUGGUUUCCGGAGGGGAAAGGUCAAAGUACCGAAACUGACGUCACGAAAACUGAUGCCACAAGGAAAACUGAAGUCACAACGAAAGCUGACGUCACAGAAAUAAAUGACGUAAUAAAAUUUGGCGAAGAUGUCACGGAACGACUUAAGGCCCGCGGGCGUUUGUCCAGAUAUCCUCUCUUUGUACAGCACAGUCCUGAGGCUGACGUCAUGUGGUCACGUGACUCUGGAACCGAAGAAGAACGUCACAUCAUGGACAGGACAGCAGCUGCGUUCCCUAGAGGUUUGGGUUCGAACCUCUCAGGCAACAAGAGCAGAACUAGACUGACAAUGACUGCUGGGCACACCAGGAGGCCCAGACCAGUCACGUCGACUGACCUCCUCACACACACUGGCACGUCAUCAGCUCGUCUGUCGUCACGUCGCCUCAAAGUCGACCCUGAGCAGAGUGUGGUGGCCGUUUCCGAUAUGCCCGAACGUGUGGCCAGUGGUACGUCUCGGCCGGCUGCAGGUGUCGUGUCCUCGCAUGCUCCCAGGGGAGGGGUGUCUGGUUCAGAGAAACGGUCGGUCACUCACGGUCAUACGUCAUCUAGACGGGAUGGAGUCUCCUCCCACGUGGCGUGUACGUCACUUCUCCACCGAAACACCCACGUCACCGACACUCUGAACGAGUGUGACGAGUGUGACCGACACAAAUACGUCACCGAAACCAUUUACAAGCAUGGCCGACAUGCACAGGUCAAAGGCAGCGUUUGCGACACUGACCAACACGCACACGUCACAGACAUUCUUAACGAAAAUGGCCGAGACGAACACGUCACCGAUACCAUUCACAUGAAUACCCGACACGAACACGUCACCGACAUCCUUCACAAGAAUGCCCGAUACCCAAACGUCACCGACACCCUUAACGAAAAUGGCCUACAUGCACACGUCACCGAUAUCGUUCGCAACACAUACCAAGGGGAACACGUCACCGACAUUGUUCAUGACAAGAUCACGCAUCCUAGCGAUACGUUCAGACAAGCACACGUCACCGAUACCGUUUACGACAAGACCAUGCAUCUUGCCGAUACUUUCAAUCAGGCACACGUCAACGAUACCGUUUACGACAAGACCACGCGUCUCGCCGAAACAUUCAGUAACGUUUUCAGUAUUGAGAAGUUAGGGUUUGCCCCGAGAAUCGAACCCAAACGCUGUGAUACAAGAAGCGGCCUCAUGGGGAGUAGUGGACCUGACGAGGACCUGACGGCGGAUCUGGUGUCGGACAAGUCUCUCACACGUCACCGUCUGGUGGACGGGCCUGAUGCAAGGAGAUCUCUAGUGGCCAGGGCUGUGUCGGCGAGCGCUGAAGUCAUGCACGGUGACCACACAAAUCUGUCCAGUAGUGACGUCAUGCACGGUGACCACACAAAUCUGUCCAGUAGUGACGUCAUGCACGGUGACCACACAAAUCUGAGUGACGUCAUGCACGGUGACCACACAAAUCUUUCCGGUGGUGACGUCAUGCUCUGCGAGCGUAAAUACCCGCUUGACGUCAUGCAAGGGGACCACACACAUUUCUAUGACGUCCUACUCGAUGACCACACGCUUUCAACAACAGCCCUCGGCCCCCGCCCAUCAGCAGAAACACAGUACCCCGUGACUUCACUCGGUGGUCCGAGGAGCGAGGCACAACACAAAUCUAUGACGUCGCAGAGCAGAUGGUGGAGAAGUGAUGGGCGGGUGGGGAUGGACGUGAGGUCGGGCAGAGGUGAU